ACCAAGUCAGCAGGAAUGAACUAUUACAGAAGAAUGUUUCAGAAUCUCUCACUGACAGCUCAGUUGGCAAACUGUUGCAGCUUUUACAAUCAGAAAAACUGAUCUCCGAGCACAAUUCUUCUUGCAUUUCAUCGAAACUGCUGAAUACUGCUACAAAGGCUCACCAGCAAUUAUUCCAGAGCUGACAAACCAGCGACAAUGGAUGAGAUGAACGUGACCGAGAGAAAGAUUGAUACAAAGGGGAAUGGGAACAUAGAAACAAUCGAAACAGAGUUACAUGACAAACAGAAUGAACCCAAAAAUGUGGCUUUACAGAAACAGGUUGGGCUGGCCAGCGGUAUCAGUCUCAUUGUGGGGACCAUGAUUGGCUCAGGAAUUUUUAUAUCACCCAAAUCUGUUUUAUCCAAUACUGGAGCAGUCGGACCAUGUUUGAUUACCUGGACAGCUUGUGGUGUCCUGGCAACAAUGGGUGCUCUAUGCUAUGUCGACCUGGGCACCAUGAUCACUCAAUCAGGGGGGGAAUAUUCAUAUCUCCUCGAAGCCUUUGGCCCAGUUCCUGCAUUCUUGUACUCCUGGAUGAGUAUAAUUGUUGUCAAGCCCUCGUCGUUUGCUAUAAUUUGUCUGAGUUUUGCCGAAUAUGCAGCAACUCCGUUCUAUCCAGGCUGUGUACCACCACAGAUUGCUGUCAAAUUACUCGCUGCUGUUGCUAUUAUUUUUAUCACCCUGGUGAAUUCGCUGAGUGUGAAGUUAGCUAGUUACGUCCAGAACUUCCUCACCGUGGCCAAACUUCUGAUUGUUGCUGUCAUCAUUGUGGCUGGAAUUGUCCUGCUGGCACAAGGAAAUACACAGAACUUUGAAAAUUCGUUUGCUGGAUCUCAGACCUCCUUUGGUUCGAUUGGUUUGGCAUUUUAUAAUGGAAUGUGGGCGUAUGAUGGGUGGAAUCAACUCAACUUUAUCACAGAGGAACUGAAGAAUCCUUACAGGGAUCUACCACUUGCCAUCAUCAUCGGUAUUCCUCUCGUUACUUUUUGUUACGUCCUGGUGAACAUCGCCUAUUUCGCUGCAAUGACUCCCACUGAAUUACUGCAAUCUUCUGCCGUGGCUGUGACUUUUGGAGAUCGAAUCCUCACUCCCGUCUCUUGGGUAGUUCCACUUUUUGUCGUAUUUUCUACCUUAGGGGCUGCAAAUGGUUCCUGUUUCACAGCCGGCAGGCUGACUUAUGUGACAGCCCGUGAGGGUCAUAUGGUUAAGUUAUUGUCAUAUAUCAACAUCAGACGUUUAACACCCUCACCAGCUCUCAUAUUUAAUGGCUUUCUAGCUAUUAUCUACAUAAUUCCAGGAGAUAUCAACACUCUUAUAAAUUACUUCAGCUUUGCUUCCUGGAUUUUUUAUGGACUGACUACAUUCUCGUUAAUCGUUAUGAGAUUUACAAGAAAAAAUCUGCGAAGACCUGUUAAGAUUCCCAUCAUUUUUCCAUGCAUUGUAACUGUUAUUGCAGUUUACUUGGUUCUUGCUCCAAUCAUUGGCUCCCCAGACUGGGCAUACCUAUACUGUACAUUAUUCAUUGUGGGAGGACUAAUAUUUUACGUCCUGUUCGUUCAUUUUCGCUUCAACUGGAUUAGCAGAAUAAUAAGGCCGAUUACCAUGCAUCUACAGUUGUUCCUGGAGGUGGGACCAACAGAAACUGAAAAGUAAAAAUAUUGUUCUUAUUGCUUAAUGUACCUCUCUCUACCUCAUUAUCGUUGAUGGAAUGAAUGAGGCAGAUUACAAUGUAAAAUACAUUUAGUGCCAUUGAGACACUAUUUUCAGACAAAUUGGUGACUAUUCAAUAAUUUAUUCUGGUGAACAGUUUUGGAUAUUAUUAACAUCUCUGCAGCUGUUUAACCAAUGCUACCCAAGUCUGAGAGCUUAAAGGGCCUGUCCCACUGUACGAGGUAAUUCAAGAGUUCUCCCGAGUUUUCCUCUGAUUUGAACUCGGUGAAUGUCCAUAGUGGUCCGUAGGAGUUCGUGGAUAUCUCAGCUCGUAGAGUAAUGGUAGAUACUCGGGAAUCCGGUAAACUCGUGACGUUUUUUCAACACUGUGAAAAAUGUCCACAAGUAAAAAAAUACUCGUGAUGAAAAAAAUUGUUACUUUUUACUCGUACGAGCCGAAUCCAUAUCCCCCUCCAUUUUUUGCAUAUCCGUGUGCCUAUCCAAAUGUCUAUUCAAUGCCACUAUCGUAUCUACCCCCAUCACCCCCCUUGGCUUUGUGUUCCUGGCACACACCACCCUCUGUGUAAAUCAAAGUUGCCCCGCACAUCUCCUUUAAACUGUACCACUCACCGUAAAGCUUUGCCCUCUAGUACUUGAUUUUUCCAUCCACUACCUCCUAAUCCAGGCAUCAUUCUGGUAAACCUCUGCACCCUUUCCAACGCCUCCACAUCCUUCCUGUAAUGGCGUGACCAGAAUGGCACCUAAUACUCCAAAUGUAACCCAACCAAAAUCCUAUAGAGCCCUGAUCUUUGAAAGCAAGGAUACCAUAUCAAUUCUUUAACACUCUAUCUAUUUAUGUUGCCACUUUCAGGGAGUUAUGGACUUGGACUCCACAAUCCCUCUUUACAUUAAUGCUGUUGAAGCUCAUGCCAUUAAUUGCAUAUUUUCCCCAGACAUUUGACCUCCCAAAGUGCAACACCUCACAUGGAUUAAACUCCAUCUACCAUUAUUCUGCCCAUUUCUGCAGUUCAUCUAUAUCCCAAUGUAUCCCAUCAAAUAGUUUUAGGCACAUGUCUCUACGACUUAAUUUUCCCAAUGAUGUUUAUCUCUGUUGAGUUUAAUCUUAAAAUUAAAUUCAAAACGUUAAACAUUCAGACUAAUAUCUGGAGCCUAUAUUUAACUACAAUAAUUACAGACACUGCAUAUCAAAGAUCCUAUAGCGGAGCAAGAUAGACCACUCCUGCUAAAUGCAAUGGGCUGACGUGUAGUACGCAACGGAGCAGAACGUGGGCCCUUUUUCCGUCCAUUUCAGUAACAUUUCAGUAACCCGACCCGACUUUGUAAAUCCCUCUCGGCAUUGUGGGGGAACAGUUCGUGUGUGUGAUAUAGGGUUAGAUUCAUAAUUCUGUUAAAUUUUGUUAAAGAUUAAUAUGUUAACAAAUUAGGAUUCUGUUCAUUGUCUUUUUUAAUGUUUUUUUAAAAACUUUUCUUUUUUUAAUGGCUCAUGUGCUGUGUUUGAGUUGAUUUUUGUAUUGCACUUGCACUCUGUAAUUCAUCUAAUCACACUGUUCACAACUGCAGUAUUUGGUAAAAUAAUAGCAAUAUGAAGAUUCCAGUUGCUCUACUCUUGGAAUGUUCCUUAAUGAUUUUUUUGUGUCUAUGGAAUUGUUUUUCAACAAUAAAAUGGACCUGGUUUUCCCAAUAGCCAAAGAGUGGAAUGAGAUCUGUAUGUAAUGGUGGGGUAAUCUAAAUGAAGUAUUUAACAAAAUAAAAUUUGUUUUGAGCAAGAUUAAAAAAUGAUGUAUAACUUAAGGA